GCGACAAAGUCGAGAAGGGAGAAUACAUUAUUUUAAAAAUAAUAAACUGUAUCUGUUUUUUCCCCUCUCUAGGUAGACCAAAGGAGGGGAAAAAAGUUUUGUAGUUUGCUAAAUUGAGGGAUUCCUCAAAAGAUAUGCCUAAAGUGGACUUCCCUGCUGCAUCACAGAAUAAGGGAUAACUGAAAAGAGACUUUUUCCAUUGUUUUUUUUAUUCCCCCCCCCCCCCGUCCCAGUAUUUCCGGGAACAAAGAAGGGAAAAUGCGGGGGAGGAGUGAGGAUGAUUCCGGGUUUGGCUGCUCAGGUCUGCCUGUAAGGCAAAGCUUUCCAGUGUUAUUGAUCUUUGAACAUUUCACCCCGCGGUCGCUGUAACCAGACGAGGUUUCUUGUCUUUAUGGAAACUCUUCGUAUCCCGUGGUCAGAACUCCUCAGGAAAAAGCCUUUCACUCCCCCUGGCAACUUCCCACUAACAAAGUCACAAAUCUUUUAGCUUAGCAAUGACCAGAUUCCCGGAUGCAUAUAAAACACGUGCCUCCAUCCUUCAUCUGAAUGUUAACCCCUUCCUUUAUGAGGGAUGUACUGUACACACGUGACGAAGUGAAGAGUGACUAGCAUACGUGACGGGAGCCUUAAGUCUUUUAUAGGUCGAAGAAAUAUGCUCCCUAAAAGCCUUUAGUUAUCAUUUAAAAUUCCAAUUAGAUUACUCUUACAGGUGAACAAGGAAAGAAGAAUUUUGUCUUCGGAUCCUGGCAACCUUUCUUCUUUACUCCAAACUCGAGGUUGGGCGGAGGUGGGAAGGACAACCGCUUUAGAGUACUUUUGACAAAACCUUGAGAGUUUUUCAAAUUCUCAUGAAUCGAAGCUCCCUUUAUAUAACCAGAGUGGAUAAUAAAUCUCCACGCCUCCUCUUGGGAAGAGUGAUGAAACAACCGCUCCUACAGGUAUCCCGAUAAAUACCGUCGGGAUGAAUAAAAGGGCGCUAAUUACGGGAGAAUACUCGAUUCACGUCAGGACAGGUGAGGCUGAAGGUGCGCCUUUAGCGGCCGUUGGCAGAGUUACAGCGCCGAGAAUGAUCCGCGUCCGCCCCGCGUCCAGUAAACAGCCACUCCAAGAGCGUUGCGAAGUAGGAAAGAAUCGGCGGGGCGCUCGCUUUAGGAAUACAGUGUAUUUUUUUGUCCAGGCUGGCGAUUAAAUAAACGAAUCCGGCCAGUGCCGCGUUUGCCUCGCGUAGGUAGGAAGAACGAACGCCAGCAACGCGGACGAUGAGUCGGCCACUGUCUCUCUGCACGAGUGCCUGUUCUGCGGAGGCUCGCAUUUUACCCUCCCCCUUUUCCGCUUCUCUGGAUUGGGCUACUAGGGAGCUUUAAAGACCAGGCGGACUUGUGCUCCCCCCUUGCUCGUGUAAUUUAUGCUGCGCUUCUCAGGCCGAUUGCGUAGCUCAGCCGGAGCCAGUGGUGCGGCUGGGAGAAAGGAAGCAGCAGCCAGCGUAGUUUUUUUUUUUUAAAUCGAGGUUGUCUAGAGGAAGCUGUAAGUAGCAGAGAGAGAGAGAGAAGGGGGAAAAAGUUGCAUCGCUCGGGAGAGGCCGGGGCGCGCUUGAUCCCCCAGCCCUGCCGUGGAGAAAGAGGGAGACGGCGGCGGCUCUCACACACGCGCACAGAGGAUACACGCUUACCCGCACAAAGACCGACUCGGAUGUUAUUACUGGAGACGGGCGCACGCUACGCGCGCCUCUAGCCUAGACUCCUUUUCCUUCCUUACUUUGCCCUGGGUCUGGAUCUGAAGCGGAGAGUGGCUUUUUCAGCGGUGCUUUGGGGCGGAGAAAGGUGCCGUUCAGACAUUCACUGCGUGGAUGCCCUUCGCUUACCCCCCUCCCCACUCCUCUUAACACGGCGUGCUGCUGCUGCUGCUCCGGCAGGGAGGCGGUGCGCGAGCAGCUGCUGCGUUUCCUGAGCAAGACCGCCUUUUGUUUUUGCUAUUGCACCGAAUUAAGCCUUCCAGCCCCAGCCCCGGUACCCCCACCCGCGGGCCAGGCAGGAAGGGGCAAAUCGGAGGCAACUGCCCGUCCGGGUAAGCGGUCAUCGCCUCCUUUCCACCCUUCCUUUCACCCACCCCCCGGUGUACUUUGCUCGGCUGCUGCUGCUCCUCCUCCUCUUAAGGAAGUUUCCUCCCCUCUCUUUUUCUACCACCCGCGCCGCACUUCCCCUAUUUCGCAGGCUGCCCGCCCCAACUCCUCGGGGAGGAAGGGCUGUUACCAUCACCCCCUUAUCUCGAGCGGGGCUGGGCUGGGCGCAGACCACCCCCGGCCCCUCCGCGAGGCCGAAUGCCGGUGGCCGCCAAUUCGCCACCCCGCACGGUGCAGCAGCCCGACUCCCGCCCCUUAUCUGCCUCCGCCCGCCUCCGUGACCGGGACCCCGCCAAGCCCCACCACCAUCACCCAGGGGCCGUCGGCGCCGACGAGCGCCUGGAGCCCCAGCGUCACGGCCAGGCCGGCGGGGAAGCAGCGGGGCGGACGGGCGGUAGUGGUGGCGGCAGAGCGGCGGCUCCUUCCGGCGCCCCUUCGCCACCCUCUUUGCUCGCCUUCUUGCCGCCCUCGCCGCCGCUACGUCCCGCUGGGGGCCCUUCGCCGCCACCGGAGCCCCCCCGGACUCGCUCCCGUUCUCGCUCCGGAUUCUUCAGCCUCCUCGCCAUGAACGGCGGCACCACCGCUACAGCCGCCGCCGCCGCCGCGCACUUCCAGCCGCCGCCGCCUGCCCCACCACAUCUCCAUGGGCCGAGCCUGCCCGAGUUAGGAGCCCGCAGCCAAGGCAGGGGCAGUCCCGCUGGACACGGGCACCCUCGAGCCCCGCCGGGUGCCCGGGCGCCCGCACCAGGUGGUAUUGGUGCUUCCUUCCAGUGCCAGCUGAUCCAUCAAGAUCACAUCUGUACUGAUGACAGUGACAAGAGCGAAGAUAGUCCAAGUCCCAAGAGACAGCGCCUUUCUCAUUCAGUCUUUGACUACGCAGCAGCAUCACCAGCCUCAUCACCACCAAUGCGACCAUGGGAGAUGACAUCAAAUAGGCAGCCUCCUUCAGCUCGACCAAGCCAACAUCACUUCUCAGGGGAACGAUGCAACACACCUGCGCGCAACAGAAGGAGCCCUCCUGUUAGACGCCAGAGAGCAAGAAGAGAUCGACUGUCUCGACAUAAUUCCAUUAGUCAAGAUGAAAACUACCAUCUUCCUUAUGGACAGCAACAAGCAAUAGAAGAACCACGAGCCUUUCACCCACCAAAUGUGUCUCCCCGUAUGUUGCACCCAGCUGCUCAUCCGCCACAGCAGAAUGCAGUCAUGGUUGACAUCCAUGAACAGAUUCACCAGGGCACAGUCCCUGUUUCAUAUACAGUGACAACAGUAGCCCCACAUGGGAUACCACUUUGCACAGGCCAGCACAUACCAGCUUGCAAUACGCAGCAGGUCCCAGGGUGUUCUGUGGUUUUCAGUGGGCAGCACCUUCCUGUCUGCAGUGUGCCUCCUCCAAUGCUUCAAGCUUGUUCUGUUCAACAUUUGCCAGUUCCAUAUGCAGCUUUCCCACCCCUCAUUUCUAGUGAUCCAUUUCUCUUACAUCCUCCACACCUCUCCCCACACCAUGCUCCACAUUUGCCACCUCCAGGCCAGUUUGUUCCUUUUCAGACACAGCAAUCGCGAUCGCCUCUCCAAAGGAUAGAAAAUGAAGUAGAGUUACUUGGAGAUCAUCUUCCUGUAGGAGGUUUUACCACCUAUCCACCUUCAGCCCAUCCACCAACAUUGCCUCCCUCAACUCCCCUUCAGUUCCUAGCGCAUGACCCUUUACAUCAAGAGAUGUCAUUUGGAGUACCUUAUCCACCCUUUAUGCCUCGAAGACUCACAGGGCGCAGUCGAUAUCGAUCUCAGCAACCAAUUCCGCCUCCCCCUUACCAUCCCAGCCUAUUGCCAUAUGUGCUAUCAAUGCUUCCUGUGCCACCUGCCGUUGGGCCAGCCUUCAGUUUUGAGCUGGAUGUAGAAGAUGGUGAAGUAGAAAACUAUGAGGCACUGCUGAACUUGGCAGAAAGACUGGGUGAGGCCAAACCAAGGGGAUUGACAAAAGCAGAUAUUGAACAACUUCCGUCUUAUAGGUUCAACCCAAAUAACCAUCAGUCAGAACAGACUUUGUGUGUAGUAUGCAUGUGUGACUUUGAGUCAAGGCAACUGCUUAGAGUUUUACCAUGUAACCAUGAGUUCCAUGCCAAGUGUGUCGACAAAUGGCUUAAGGCAAAUCGUACCUGCCCUAUCUGCAGAGCUGAUGCUUCAGAAGUGCAUCGUGAUUCAGAAUGACCAGUCUAAGAGCACAAUUCUACUUUGGGUGUUCCUAGUCACAUGUGUGUAUAUAUAUAUAUGAACUCUCCAUUGAACUUAACCCGUGUGGCUUCCAGCCUUCCCUUUACACAAAAGGGUCAAUGGACCUUUCUUUGCACUGUGUGAUUUAAUCAACUAUAAAGCUUAUAAUUAGUCUUCACAAUUAUGGGAUUGUUAUACUAACUGUGUGAUUGGAACUCCAAAGAUAUUUUUUUUCUUUUAGCUUAAUUUCGUGUGUGCACUAACAUUCCCUGGUUUUUGUGUGAUCAUUCCGAGUGUUGCUGCGAGAUUACAGUGGAACGUGAUCUUCUAGCAUGUGCUUUUAUAUAAAAAGUGGUAGCUCCAAACAAUAUAGCAAUCUACCUUAUAUAGAGCCUUCAAAUACUGUGAGUGAGAAUAAAUGGUGCGGGUGGGUGCGUUGAUCGCAGGAUGUCUGUUAUGUAUGCAGGCGAGCAAGAGUUUGGUGAUAGCGUGUAAGAGGACUUAUAUACCAGCAUGUACUGAGGAUGUAUGUGUGUAGUAUUAAUUAUGCUGCAAUGUAUAAUCUUGUGUGUUAUUUAAACAGUACUAGUACUGUACACUGGUUUCUUUCCUUGCGUUUGCAGUUGCACACUGAAUGCAAAGGGUGCAGCAAUUAUAGACAUUUGAUAUUUCAUCCCCCAUGUAUUUAAUAGUAUAAAAGGUCCUUUUUGUUUUUAUUCAGAUAACUAUUAUGCUUCCCAUUAAUUGGGGGUCCUAUAUCUGUCAUUAUAGAGCAUAUUGAUUCUUAGUUACAAUUAAUUAGCCUUAAUUUUAGGCUGCUGGAAUUUCUACAUUUUUUAAAAAAAAAAAAAACUUGCAGCUCACUGCUAACUGUAUAAGGAGUUGCAGCAUUGCACAGUCAGGUAGCAAUAUUAAAAAUUCUCAACUGAUAACCGAAAAGCUUAUUGUCCUCUCUCUUUUUUUAAAUUCUUCAAAUCAAUAUUGGUUCUUUUUGAUUGAACUUUGGAAUACAUUGUUUUUAAAUUUCAGAGAGUGAAGAUAACUUUGUUUUGAGGGUUUUUUAAUUUUUUGUCUUUAAAUACAGAAACCGAGAGGAUUUUCAAAUCUGGUGCAAAUGCUUCUUGUAUUGUUGGCAAUAUAUUUGCUUAAAUAUACAGAUACACUGGCACUAAUUCACAUUCCUUGCCAUAUACAAGCUACCGUAUACAAUUAAAUACCUUUUAAAGAGAUUUUUUUCCCCAUUUUCAAAGCCUUCAGUUUUGUGAACAAAGUAAACCCUUAGCACUUUCUUAGAGAUAGAACAUUGUGAUUCUCCCAUCUUAGCCAUGGUACCAUGUUCACCUACUGCCUGGCAAGUGUCACAAAUGCAGUUUCUAGCUUGCUACCCUGGGUAGCGAGUUUUUGUGUGGAUGUUAAAGCAUCCUCAGUAUUGUAUGGAUAGUAUGAAGAAUAUUCAUGGUCAAGAAUGGGCGGGUAUACGAAAUCAAGAAAAAAAAACUAAAUGCUGUGAAUUUGGAGUUGACCUCCUUUCAACUGCCUUCUGAAUAAUGUAGUGGCAAAAUUGGCAUCACUUAACAUUCUGGACUUGGUGUUUAACUUUUUUUUACAACAAAGGAAACAGUUGUCUACCCAUGGCUACAUGAUUCUCCAAGAGAAGAAUAUUUAUUUCUGGAUUUCAUUUAUAAGCACCAAAACCUUUGAUUGCAACGGCACAAGCGUUGCAGCUAUUGCUGCGAGUCAGCUUUCUGGAUCUUGUGUGUCUUUUCUGAUGCUUUAUAUGCUGCUAUAUAUUGAAUCUCUUUAUUCCUCCAGAACAGUGUUGGUUGUGAAUCAUCCUCCUUUCUCAAAGCUCUGAUGACUAAUCGCAGUGUGUGGUUCUACAAAUUUUAAAAAAGCACAAUUCCCACCAACCUUCCUUGUUUCAGAUACUGUUUGCCUCUGUUUAGUAACUUAGACGCCUUAGUCUGUCCAUAGUGUCAGGAACUGUAAUCUGUGUGACAGAUUUUACAUGUUACAAUUUUUCUCUUCAAUGUGCUCUAAGAAAUUGUCUCGGUGUGUUGAAAAGUUUAAAUUAUUGCACAUGGUAAAUUUUAUUUUUUUAAGCAAACAAAAUCAUGGGUUGGGAAGUGGGAGGGAAGCCACACAUGUUUUACAGAAACUCUGGAUCUUUUUUAUAUUGCUGGAUUUUCAAAAAAAGAAAAAGAAAAAAGAAAAAAUUACCACGCAGAAUUACCAUAAUAUUACCCUGCUCAUUGUCCACUGAGUACCCACUCAGUGUAAACCUUGUUUUGGUAACAGAUGUUUUCUGGAACACAGUGAGGCUCAUUAGUAUCUUAAUUCCAAGAAAGGGCUUUCCAGCCCUGCAUCUGGAUCCAAUAUUGCAGUGCAGCAUCUGUCCCUUGAAUCCCUGUUUCGUUUGAAGGACACUGUUGAUGGAGGGAUAGGACUGCAUGAGGGGAACUAUUCUGGUAGCAUACUCAAUUGUUGCACUCUUGUGGCAGAUCUUUUUGAAUGACUUGUUCGCUUGGGACUCUUGCAAAUGUGUGCAGGUUUGCUUCCUGUGGUUAGGUUUGUGUGAGACACAUGUGCAUGUGUUUUGAACCAACUCAAAGCUGGCUACAGUGGAAUUCUGAACCCAUUGUGGCUGGCAGAUGAGAGGGGGAGAUCAUUCUUUGCAGUAAACUGCCAUGCAUUAUGCACAUUGACACAUCUAAUUCUAUAGCCCUCGAUGCCUGACAGCACCUAAUUAUACUAUUGGGUAGCCUCUUCCCCCUUAUCCCUACCUCUCCCUAAUGGAAAAAAAAUAAAGUUGGCUUUAUCAUGUUGGCACUGCUGGGGUUUUAUUUGCAUGAAUUGUCAACUUAAUUUGACCUCCUGGCUUUUUAAAAAUAAACGGUAUAAAGGCCUUAAGGAUAUCUCUUUAAGGCCACACCUCUUGGUUUUCUUUUGCAGAUUAUUUUGUGAAAAGUAAUUUCUUUUGUAUAAACUUCUUUGUACAGUCUCCAGAAUGUGAUAUUUGUCGCAGCUGUUAACAUUUCCACUUCUUGUACUAUUUGGGAUUUACCAACUCUUAACUUUGCUUUCUAAAAACUCAACAACAACAAAACUGUUAUUUGUAGACAUCAGAGAACGGUGGUUCUCUCACCUUUGCUCCCUUUGGUACCUUCAGUUACCUCAUUUUGGGUUUUGUUUUUUUUUUGUGUUGCAGAUUUGCUAAUGAAUAUAAAAGCUUAUGGAUUUUGUUAGAAUUAUAUUUGUCAGAUGUUUUCUUUUAAGAUCAUACUCCAUUGUAUCAUUUAACAUGUAGUUUUAAAUGUAUUAUAAAUAUCUGUAACCAAAUCAUUUGAAGGCUUGAUAAAUUUUUAACAAAAUUUGUACAUUUUUUAUGAGAGUUACUAGUAAUGCUUUACUAAGUAGUGCAAUGAAUUUUUAUUUUUAAUCCCUGUGCCCAAUUUUGGAGUUGAGAGGGUUGUUCAGUAAUAAAUGUAUGAUGUACACUUGGA